AAGAUUACAACUUGAGUGGAGAUGCAGCGGGACUUUGCAUAUGUCGUGGUCUGUACAAUUCUGUCCACUCAAAUGUCUUCCCCGGCUGGAGGAGGCGACGCUGCCUACAAGGGAAAAGCAGACCUACUUUUUGAGUUUCUUCAAUCUCAUGAAGAGGGUACGGUUUUUUACACUAUCAAACGCACCUAUGAUAGCAAUCUCCUACCUACUCAAGGUAAAACUGAAACUUGCGUGAAGGCUACAAGAAUAUCUGCCACCGCAAAUGCUGCACAACUGUGCACGAUAUUUAAGACACUUGGCGGAACUGCUACGGAUCCCUUUGUGGUUACAUACAAAAAAACGGGCCCUGAAACAAUGGUAGUUGAACCUGGUAAGUACCACAUGACAGUUCUAUAUGUCGACGAGGAAGAAAAGUGUCUCAUCGUUCAACAUACAGGGAAAACCCCAGUUGAUGAAGCCAUGAGAUCAUGCGAUAUGGUCAGAGCAAGCAUUGAUCCCACCGGUAGGAAAUGUAACGAUCAGUUUACAAGGCUCUGCGGAUCAAGAACAUUUGCAAUUUCCACCACUGACGGCUGUAAAGAGGUUCCCAUUCCUACAUGCACAGAGGGAUCACAACCUAACACAAAUGCUGUUUUAAAAAGCAGGUUUAAUUGAAACGCGAGUGGGUGAAGGGACGCAAUGUCACGACAAUAAACCACGUUUGAAAGCUA